AUGGGCGAGGGAUUCUCCUCCGGCGGAAACGUCAAGUCAAGGCCGAGCCCGCGGACUCCGGUUAUUGGCCGUGACUCAACGAUGGACAAAAUCAGGAAGGUCGUCCUUUUCGUGAGGCUUGUGGGAUACUCGCUACGGCUUUACGCGGACUUUUUCUCGCGAUCUUACACCACCAAGAAACUCCCCGCCGGUCCCGCAUCGAAAAACGGCGAGCCGAUCAACAUCGUAGUCAUCGGCGCUUCUUUUGCCGGGUAUCAUGCUGCCAGGGUGAUCGCAACCUCCCUUCCCACAGACGGUCCGUACCGACUCAUCAUCGUCGAACCGAACCAACAUUGGCAAUUCACCUGGACGUUGCCUCGCUUCUGUGUCGUCGAGGGGCAUGAGCACAAAACAUUCAUUCCCUAUGGCCCCUAUUUGCCAGCGGGCUCGGAGAGAGUUGUACGAUGGGUUCAUGAUCGCGUCUCUACGAUCACCGAAAGUACGGUGACGAUCCAAGGCACGGGAGAGAAGAUUCCAUACUCGUACAUGGUCAUCGCGACAGGGUCGGGCGUGGGCAUGUCUUUGCCGUCAAGAGUGGGAUCAACAGGCAAAGCUGAAGGAAUCAAGCUGCUGCAAAACUUCCAGCAACGCAUCAAAGCCGCCAAGAAUCUUGUUGUUGUUGGCGGGGGCGCUGCAGGCGUCGAGCUUGCUACGGAUGCUAAAGACCAGUACCCGGACAAGAAUGUUACAUUGAUUCACUCUAGAGACGCAGUCAUGAACCGCUUCGGCCAUGAUUUGCAGGUGGGCGCUCUCGCGGGCUUGAAGGAUCUAGGAAUCGAAGUCAUACUCGGGGAGCGGACAACAUCCGAAAAACCCGUGGAUGGUUUCGUCACACUUCGCUCUGGGCGAAAAGUCGAAUGCGAUUUCAUGGUGAACGCCACUGGCCAGCAACCUUCUUCUCAGCUCAUCAGCGAUUUCGUUCCCGAGGCAAUCGCAAAGUCAGGCAGGAUCAAGGUCAAGCCAACAAUGCAAAUCGACGUCGACUCGCUACCGCACAUUUACGUGUGCGGCGAUGUUGCCGAGGCCGGCGUCACCAACCCCAAUGCCCGAGCCGCUAUGAAGCAGGCCAUCUACGCCGCGGAUAACCUCGUUCUUGCCCUUCAGUCGAAGAAGCCUUCCAACAUUUACGAGCACUACUGGGCAGACGGCGUCAUUAAGCUGACGCUGGGUCUCCAUAAAUCCAUUACGGCCUUCGGUGUUGGGGACACAGAGCUGCUCUUCCGCGGAAAGGAGAAGGAUGUUACGCUAAUGAUCGAGCGUGCUUGGACGAACAUGGGAGCUAAGCCUUAUGAAGACAAGGAGUAUGACACGGGAAGAGCGCAAAGCAGCGUCGCUGAUAAAGCUCUCGAGGUGGCCAACGAAACGGUGUAA